GGUGGGUGAGUGGGUGUGUGUGUGUGAGAGAGAGAGAGAGAGAGAGACGGAGAGGGGGGACUUGACUGAUCGAGGAUCAGAUCUCAGAUCUUGCAGAGAGGAGUCGUUUGCUGGAGGAAUGGGAAGCAAACUGGUUGUGUUGGCGCUGGUGACCUUACUGGGGGCGUACUAUGUGUACACACCGCUGCCGGACGCGAUGGGCGAGAGGUGGAAGGUGAUGGUGGUGGACGCCUGUUUCAGGAGCUUAGAACAUCUGGCGGAGUUGACGGAGUUGAUAGGACUGAAGCAUUACAUGGAGAUGAUGAUGGUGAUCACUGCAGCCGAGAUGGUGGCUCCGGCGUCGGACGAGAACGUCACCGUCACUGACACUGCGUUCGGCAACGUCCCUGUGCGAGUCUACGAGCCGACCAGCCGCACCCAGGAGCUGCGGAGAGCAAUCAUUUACAUGCACGGUGGUGGGUGGUGCCUAGGCAGUGCAAAAAUGCAUCCGUACGAUGUCAUGUCGAGAAGGAGUACAGCUGAGCUGAAUGCUGUCAUUGUGUCUGUUGAGUACCGUCUGGCACCACAACAUCACUUUCCCGACCAAUUUGAUGAUGUCUAUUCAGUGGCAAAGUUCUUCCUCCGGCCGGAAGUUUUGGCUCAGUAUUCGGUUAAUCCGGACAGGAUUGCGAUCUCAGGAGAUAGCGCCGGUGGCAAUUUAGCAGCUGCUGUCGUUCAGCAGAUGCAGGAAGACCCGGAGGUCCAGGUUGACAUUAAGAUCCAAGCAUUGAUCUACCCAGCCCUUCAGACCAUCGAUUUCAACACGCCGUCAUACCAGCAGAACGAGCACAUGCCCAUCCUGCCCAGGUCCCUGAUGGUCCGGUUCUGGAGUGAGUACUUCAGCCGGGACAAGCACCUGUUGGAGACCAUGAUGUCCAACAACCACACCACCCUGGAGUCCAGGCGCCUGACGGACUUUGUCAAUUGGAGCGUCCUCCUGCCUGAGAAGUUCAAGAAGGACUACAAAUACGCCCUGCCCGGGAAUGCCAACCCAGAACUUUCCACGAACGUUCCUGGGAUAUUUGACCCCAGGGCAGCUCCCCUGCUGGUGGCGGAUGACAAGCUGAGGAGCCUCCCUCAGGCCUACAUCGUGACCUGUGAGUACGACGUGCUGAGGGAUGACGGGGCCAUGUAUGCUGCUAGACUGAGGAGGGUGGGGGUUCAGGUCACACACAAGCACUACGAGGAGAGCUUUCACGGAGCCCUGAUGUUUGUCACUUGGCCCACCGAUUUCGCCAUUGGCCAGAAAAUGAUGGUCAACUACAUUGACUGGCUCCGAAACAACCUGUGAGGCCAGCCACACUGUCGCCCUCACCCUCUAACACGGCCCACACCAUGAACUGUGGCUGACUGUUCCCAUCUCUGGUUUCAUCCCCCCCUGUUAAUAACUUCACUGUGAUUAAUUCUUUGUGGAUUUAGAAUGGCUCUUCAAGGAGGGUGUGGGCACGCGAGGGAGGAAGGUAGGGAAGGGGAGAUGAGAUGAGGGGUGGGAGGGGCUGGGGCGGAGUUGGGGGUGGGAGGGGGGGUAUGACCAGGCCUGUGUCAAUUUAAGUUAUAGAUUUUUAAAAAUGCUCUUAUAUUGUGUUUUUUUUUAGGGUGGGCAGAGGGAAUCAAGUAAUUGGGCUGUGGGCAGUGAGGGGCAGCGGUAGGGGUAGCGGGAACAGAGAGGGUAGGGGGAAAAGGAAGUUGGGGUGUCCCACUAUGGCUCCACAUCCUCUAUGCCCUCACAACCUGACCCCAGAAUGUAUAUUUACUCUACUUUGCUGAGUUUAUCCACAAUUUCACAAGCUGUUGAGUUCAGCCUUAGCUUUGAAGUCUGUGUUCCUGAGUUCUUGAAGUCAUGCCGGUUUUAAGAAGCUGACAAAUUUUGGGCAUUCUCAAAUGCUUAGAAAUGAUGUGGACCUGAAUGGAAUCCCCCUCCCUAAUUGUUGUUGCUCUCUGCUGCUCGCUCCCUCUUGCUGCACACUUUGAUAUCACGUCUGCCUGUGUGUGUGGCUGUUCUCCUGGGGGCAUUUGUAAUGUGUUGGGGAUCAAGUAUGGCAAUCAUGUACUAGCCCUGUUUCUGUAAGUUAUUCUGUUUACAUAAUGCUUGCACAUAACAUGUAUAUCACUUUGUCACUUGCCCUACCCAUAUACCAAAAUAACUAAUAAAAAAAACUGUUUUAAAA